GCCUCCACUUGGCACGUCCGACGUGGCGAGGUGACGAGGCCGGCUUUUGAAUUUGAAUUCAAAAUGGCGCUUGGAAAGGGUGGGAAAGAGCGCGAUGACGAGGAAUGUGGGCAUAGCGAUCGAUUUGUCGCCCACCAGCAGGUACGCGCUUCGUUGGGCGCUCGAGCACUUCGCGCGCGAUGGCGAUCACAUCUUCGUCCUCGUCGUCCGCAAGAAAGAGGGCGAGGACACCGCCCUCUUCGAGAAAGCCGGCACUCGUAAGUGGCAACGAUCGAUCUUAAGAUGUUCUCAGACUCGGUUUGCCUGGAGGAUUGAUCCACAGCCUAGAGCACCGAGAGAAGAAAAAAGUAAACUUUCUUACGCGUUUUCCUUUUUGUUCUUGUCGAUCUCAACGUCGAGCUCCUGGCUCCAGUUUGCUGUGGACGGUAAGGUCUACUACGGCGAUGCUCGAGAGAAGAUCAUCGAGGCUGUUGGAGAUCUUAAGUUGGACCUGCUUGUGCUUGGAAGUAGAGGCCUUGGGACUGUUAAAAGGGCGCUGCUGGGAAGCGUCAGUAACUACGUAAUCAACAACGCACCUUGCCCAGUCACAGUAGUGAAGCUCCCGGAAUCCCAAUCAAACUCGUGA